GUUUCACCGUGAGGCGGCGGUUGAACAUAACAGAAAAACAAUAUGUAGGAAGAGGGAAGCUGAACCUCCGCACACAGAGUGACUGAUCAUGGCCAGUCGGUGGCGAUACGGUCCUCGCAGCCGUUCAGGAGACCCCGCUGGGAGCCUUAAAACGGCGCGAAUGCCCCGCCAACAAGAACCGUCCGGAGAGCCAGAGGACGCGGCAGGGUCGCUGCGGGAGCUGCCGCGAUGGAUGCGGCUUUACUUCUACGGGAUGCACGGCGUGACUCUGGAUGUCCUGCUCUCAUCGUUACACGGGGUUUUAAAUCACCGGGACCCAAAAUUGGUGGGCUUCUCCUCUCCGUAUCUUUGCAUUAUGCAUUCACUGACCCACUUUGCGCUAGAGAAGAUCUACUCCCAGAAGAGGUGUUUCCGAGGUCGGCCUGUGGUGUUUCAUCUUGUUUUCUACCCGUCUGUCUUCAUCGGACUGCAGAUCCUCAUCGGGAACAUCAACACUUUGACCGAGCAGGUGAGAGUCGUGUCUGGCACGCAACUGGCUGUGCACUACAUCCUGGCUCUGUAUUUUGCCCAGGUGUUUCACAGAGGGCUGUCAAAGCUGCAGUAUCACCCCGCCUGCCCCCCCGAUCCCCACUGCAAACCCGGCCCGGAAGACAGCGCUGAUGCUCGGGGGCCUCUUCACGGUCUCCCCGGCUUUCUGCGUUUCCUGUUCUUUGGGAUGCACGGCUUUCUGGACGAGGUGCUUUUCACCGCCGUUUUUAACCUUGUGGAGAAGGCUGACCGGACCCUGAGCGGCCACACGUCCCUGUGGUCCUUCCUGAUGUACGGGAGCUGCAGCUUCGUGGUGGAGAAGCUCUACCUGCACCUGCACUUCAACAGAGGCUGGGGGACGUGGCGGCGGCUCCCCAUCUACAUUUGCUUCAUCUACACCUGGGAGUUCACCUGGGGUCUGCUGCUCAGGCAGUUUGGCGCCUGCUCCUGGGACUACUCCCAUUAUCCUCACAACUUCAUGGGACUCAUCACCCUCCUGUACCUGCCAGGCUGGGUGUGUCUCAGUCUGUAUCAGGACGUGCUGUCCAAUGUGCUGCUGAGAAUUAAGUGCACCAAAGAUGUGACUGGUUUGAGUGAGGAGAAUGGGGAGGUCAAUGGGCAGCUGGAGUCAAAGAAAAAAUAACUUUUUAAAGUUUU